AUGGCUAAGAAAGCGUCCUCCUCGUCUUCGGUCCUUCAACAACCUUUGACCGCCAACAACCUCUCUUCGCAAAGUACAUCGACCAUCGCACACGUACAAGAGAUGAAGGAGUUCCCAAGCCUUGAAGGCCGGCCGUUACCUACUGUCCAUGUGAAUAAUGCGAGCUUGGGGGAGAUCAAAUUGGCACUGGACGAGGCCGUGAAAAAGAUUAUAUCCACGGAACACCAGUUCACGCAAUCACACACGCAUACCGACGUCCGACUAGCUCUCGGCUGGACGUCAGUGUUGAUCGCAGCGGGUACGAUGGGAUACGGCUACAAGUUUGGGUUCGAGCAGACGAAGGGGAUGACCAUGUUGGGCGUCUUUUGCUAUGCGGUCUUGGCCGUCAUGCAGGUUGCGUAUGGGUACUACGUCGAGGGACAGAAGAUCUACGUAGGCAAGCGUAAGAGCCUUUCCAAACGAAUCGAGACCGAGACCUUGCAGGUGACGUCCACCAACCUCCCCUCCGCCUCCUCCCGUCAAAGUUCCACCUACACCCCUCCCCGAUAUUCCCUCACCCUACUCUACCGCCGAUCGACCAACGCCAACAAGUCCUUGCUGAGACUGACUACCGAGUCGUCUGCCGUGGACAUUGGCAAGCUGGUAGACGAGGACGGUGGGAUCGAGGAGGAGAGGGUCAAGGAUUGGGUAGGAGCGGUCAUGAGCAAAGCUGUGGGUAACGGAGGAGCUGGAGUGGAGGAAGAGGAUGGGAAGCGGAAGUAA